GAAGGGGCAUCAUCUAACGUAACGGGUCUGAGGAUAUAAGCUGUGCCCCAGUGGGGCAGGCAAGAGAAGGACCUGACCCUAGGCUCAGGGUACUCUGUCUAGUAACUGCCCCACCCUGCCCUGCCCUGCCCAGCAGGACAGUAGGGGACAGAGUCCUCAGGUAUUAGGCUUCCAGAUCCCCACCCCAGCCACACCUUACUGGGCUCGGGUUCAGAGGCUGGGUGAACUUAGAGGGGGCAGCAGUGAGCCCCUCCCCCAGCCGAGGCAAGGCUCCCUGGGGUCAGGCCCUUCCCCCAGAUUGUCCCUAGGUAGAGAUAAGGUCCAGGGGUCAAAGGCUGGAGAGGCAACCAGCAGGGAGGAGCAAAACUGGAAACCAUAGCCCUUCCCCAACCCUCACUGGGGCCACAGCUCAGGAUACUGCCCUAACUUCCACCUGACCCAAGAGGCCUGCCAGGUGGUGGCUAGGCCACCUGGCUUGGGGGAAAGUCCCAUCUUUCUUUCCUCUUUGUCUCCUGGGGCUUUGGCCACUUCCUGGAGAAUCUCCCUGGAGGGCUGGUGGUGGGGAGCAUGACUCAGCAAGCAGCUCCUACAGCCUCCUAUCCUGGGCCUAAAGACCACAGCCCAGAGCCUAGCAAGAGCCCUCCUUCCGGGACCAGCUCCAGCCACGAGGCUCUGGGGGUUGUACCUGCUGUCCAAACUGGGGGACUUGGAUGCGAUGGUGGGUGGGCAUGGGGGGCAUUCAGGUGCAAACAUCUGGGAUAGGGCGCAGGCCUCACCUGAUAGCAUCUAAAGUGCAUCUCUGCCCCAGAUUCCUGGCUUGCAGACAGCCCUCGGGUCACAGCAGGGAAUGCCGGGGGACCUUUAGGGGAAAGAGAGUGGGGUGGCCCUGCAUGCAGCUCUGAGCAGGAGCUCAGGGGAAUGGAAGGGAUGCCCAAGCUGCCCACCCAAGGGAAGGGGCCCAGCCCUCACACCCAGCAGGCAGUGGCCCAGCUCCUGGCUGUUGGGGAGGAUCUGCCACCGGAAUGGUUAACCAGGGUACUUCUAGCAGCCAAUCACAGAGGUUUGCAGGAAAUAUCUGGGAGAGGUCUUGGAGCCUGGGCCAGACAGAUCAAACCCAGCCCUAAUCUGGACACAGCAACCCACAGCUGACCUAGACGACCUCCACACAGCGCAGAGUACUCCGGGAUCCCAGCAUGGCGAUUCUUGUUCGUCUCACAUGGGGGCUGCUGCUAGCCAUCCUGGUAGUGCCAGUGACGGUGACGGUGACCCAGCCCACCCAUCUGCUGAGCUCGCUCACCUCAGGCCAGGACACUGUGGAUGUGGAGGCACUGAGCAGCCUGUUAAAUACGCUGGCGGACCGUGUGCACUGCACCAACGGGCCGUGUGGAAAGUGCCUGUCUGUGGAGGAUGCCUUGGCUCUGGGCAGACCAGACGAGACAGAGCUCACCCCAGCAACAGUCCUGCAAUCCAGAUUCAUCGUGCGGCUCAGCGCCGCCCUGGCCCUCUACCUUAGCGACCCAGAGGGCACAUGUGCGGACAUCCAGGCUGGCCGCUGGGCCUCCCGUGCUGACCACUUCCUGGCCCAGCUUGAAAGUCCUGAGGCCAUGACCCUGGCCCUGAAACAGCUGCUCCAGAGGAUCGAGGCCCAGACUGUCGGGCAGCGCACUGGGAAGGAGACCUGUGUAGAAGUUCCUCAGCUGCUGCAAGAGGUGGUGAGAGCAGGGGCUCCCAGCAGACCUGGGCCAGUCCUGGCCGCCCUUUUGGACCAUGUCAAGAGCGGGACCUGCUUCCACGCCCUGCCAAGUCCCCAAUACUUUGUGGACUUCGUGUUUCGGCAGUACAGCAGUGAGGGAUCCAAUCUGACCCUGGCUGAGCUGGAAGCUUUGAUGCAGCGCCUGGGGGUGGGUGGAGAGGCCCAUGGCGAUCACGAUGACCAUGGCGACCACGAUGACCAUGGCGACCACGAUGACCAUGGUGACCACGAUGAUCACGGUGGCCACGAUGACCAUGGUGACCAUGAUGACCACAGUCAUCUGGGAAGAGAGGCCAAUCACCAGGACCCUGUGCCCCUUGAUGCCCUCAACAACAGCUCAAGUGUGUGGGACACGGUAUGCCUGAGUGCCAAGGACGUGAUGGCUGUGUAUGGGCUGUCUGAGGAGGCUGGAGUGAGCCCUGAGGCUUGGGCUCAAAUUAGCCCUGCCCUGCUCCAACAGCAGCUGAGUGAGGCGUGCAACCACCACCACAGUUCCCCAGCCCAAGACCAGCUCAGCCAGGCAGAGAGGUACCUGUAUGGAUCUUUGGCCACACUGGUCAUCUGCCUCUGCGCAGUCUUUGGCCUCCUGCUGCUGACCUGCACCAGCUGCAGCACAGUCACACACUACGUCAUGCAGACCUUCCUGAGCUUGGCCGUGGGUGCACUCACUGGUGACGCCCUGCUGCACCUGACACCCAAGGUGCUGGGACUGCACACACACAGCCACAGCACAGAGGACCACGUGCACCAAGAGGCUGCAGGCGUACAGGCCACCUGGCGUCUGCUCGUGGUGCUCGGAGGCCUCUACUUCUUCUUCUUAUUUGAAAGCCUCUUCAACCUCCUGUUGCCCAGGGAUCAGGACCCAGAAAAGACCGGGCCCUGCAGUCACAGCGGACACAGCCACGGAGGACACAGCCACGGCGUAUCUCUUCAGCUGGCUCCCAGAGAGCUCCGGCAGCCCAAGCAGUCCCACGAGGGCUCCCGCGCGGACCUGGUAGCGGAAGAGGACCCGGAGCUAUUGCACCUGGAGCCCCGGAAGAUGAGCUCAGAGCUGAGGCUGCUGCCGUACCUAAUCACGCUGGGAGAUGCGGUGCACAACUUCGCCGAUGGGCUGGCCGUGGGCGCAGCCUUCGCCUCCUCCUGGAAGACCGGGCUGGCCACCUCGCUGGCUGUGUUCUGCCACGAGCUGCCGCAUGAACUGGGGGACUUCGCCGCUCUGCUGCACGCGGGCCUGACCGUACGGCGCGCUCUGCUGCUGAACCUGGCUUCGGCGCUCACGGCCUUCGUCGGUCUCUACGUGGCGCUCGCGGUCAGAAUCGGUGACGACAGCGAGGCCUGGAUCCUGGCGGUGGCCACUGGCCUCUUCCUCUACGUGGCGCUCUGUGACAUGCUGCCGGCCAUGCUGAACGUGCGGGACCGGCGACCCUGGCUCCUCUUUUUGCUGCACAACGUGGGCCUGCUAGCCGGCUGGACCAUCCUGCUGCUCCUGUCGCUGUACGAGGAGGACAUCACCUUCUCGUAGCCCUUUCCCACUGUGCAACCCUCGACUCUGCCUCCCGGCCCUGGGGCAUCUCAAACUCUGUGAACUGCCCAGUGGCCGCAGUUACUCCCCUCCCCCACAGCUUCCCGCUCAAUAAAGAUGCUCCCACCCCUGCA